AUGGCCAUUCAGCAACCAAAGCCUCCUCCAAAUCAGCAGCUGUAUGAGUUUCUACUGUUUGGCAGUGUGUCUGACAGUGAACUGCCCUCUUUACUGCACCGACUGAGAGGACUGGCUGACUUUGCAACCUGUGGAGGCAUAGCAUUCAUUGACAAGGAGCAAACUUAUAAAAUUGAAAUAGGCAACACUCGUUCUGUCGUUAGAGUUCGACAGUCGCUAGACAAUGCCAAGGCCCCCUUGCAACUCAUAUACACUGGGCAGCUGGACCUGGGUGAUGCUAACAGGCCGGCUGGAGUGAGGAGUUGUGUACACACUGCAUGCAGUAACAACGCCGCAGAAUGCCUCAAGGAAAUGGGAUGCUUGUAAGUACUUUAAUACUAA